UUCGUUUUUUCUAUGGGGGAUGUGAUAUUUUAGGCGGAUGUAAUAUUUUAUUACAAAUUCAAUUAUUCUCUAUGCUUGUAUUUUGUAGGUUAAAAAUAAUAAAUAAAGAUGGUAUUGAUUGUGAUGACCAAGAGAUUCAUUUUAAGACGCAUCAAUCUUCAUCAUCUUAAAAUAAAAAGGAUAAAUAUGAUAGAUUUCCAUUAUCUCAAACGAAAACAAAGAGUUCAAAAUAUUGGUGGUAAGAAUUGUCAAAAAUGUAUGAUAGGUAUGAUGAAGAGUUUUAUGAAAAAUUCAUUCAUGAUCAAAUUUAAUAUGGCAGCUGGAAAAGACAAUGAAUUGUUUCAGUCUAACCAAGCUAUACAAAUAAAUAAAAGUUUGUGCGUCGACUGCUCACUAAUCAUAAACAGAGUCGAUUGUUGAUGCAAUAAUUACUGAUUCGUUAAAGCUGGCAACUUCUACUUGUGCUAAAGUACCUUAAAUCCAACAGAUAUCAUUGUUACGAUAUUAAUUUGUUUGUAAAUUGUUUUAGAAAAUAAAUUUAAAAAUAACUUUUAAAUAAA